AGCCGUCUACACCACCAACCUCCCUCCCAAAGUGUACGCAUGCGCUGGACAGGAGCCGCGGUUUUUCUCAGUGAGGAGAUAGUGCGGAGUGUCCAGCAGCAGCCAGUUUAGAGAGAGAUUGAAAGCGUCCCUCGCAUCGUAAUCAGACACUAAAGUGGCCAGUAGCUUCGUUUUGGACGACGCACGUAAAGGAUUCUAAAUGAUGUCCCGGAGACGAAGCAGAAGUCCAUCUCGAGAACGCCGAAUGCGUGGAGACCGUGGUGCAAGUAACAAGACUGACAGCGCUGAUCCUCGAGAUCUUGAGAGGCGCAUUUUUGUUGGAAAUUUGCCCACUGAUUCCAUGGUGAGAAAGGAUUUGGAAGAUAUGUUCAUUAAAUACGGCAAGAUAAAUGCUUUGUCAAUGCACCAUGGAUUUGGGUUUGUGCAGUUUGAUCGUGUUGAGGAUGCUAAAGCUGCCGUGCAAGGAGAGAAGGAACGAAUGUGUAGAGGGUACAGAUUAGAUGUUAAUAUGGCAGCUGAAAGAAGAAAUUCGAAUAAAACUACACGGAGACCGAGUCCUCCGAGAAGGGACCCAUUUGCCUUUGGUGAUGAACGUGAUGUAAGACGUGAACGCUCUCCGCUCAGACCUGCCAGAGAUGAACGUGAUGCAAGGGAUCCCCUAUUUGAUCGAUACAGGGAUGCUAGAGACCCUAGGGACCCAACCUACAGGUAAAACUUACAAAUAUAUCGACUAAGGCAGAUUGGCAAACAUUGUUUAUAUAGAUUUCAGCAAGACAUUUGAUAGGUUCUGCAUGGGGAAACUGGUUAGCAAGUUUAGUUUCAGUGGAAUUUAGGGGGAGCUAGCUAUGUGGAUACAAAAUUAGCUUUGUAUCUUUGUAAGGUAGGAGACAUGGUAAUGGAGGGUUGUUUUUCAGACUGGAGGCCUCUGACUAGUGG